AGAAUUAGAAUGGAGAGGAAGAAGCAUACACUGCCACAGAGGAAGAGAGAGAGAGAGAGAGAAUGAAAUCAAGAGAGUAAAAUAAACCCAAAUUGAAUCUAAGAGGUGGAGGAGCGUGCAGGUGUUAAUGAUGUCGCUCUUCUCGAAGAAAAGCUUGAAGGGUGUCUCUUUCUUUCCUUGGUUCAUUACUCCCUGAAGCAUUCUGACUCUUAGGAGGGAGAAGGAGACUUUUGAGAGAGAAAAAGGGUGGAGGGGAGAAGAGGGAAAGUGAAACUGAGCUGCCAAUGCCCUUUUGUUUCUUUCCUUUUGGAAAGGAGGAUGGCGGAAGAUCUCUGUUUCUUCAUCAAGGAUUCCCCCAUCAUAAAGCCCCCUAAGAAAUCUCCCUUGGUAUUGAGGACGGUUGUCUUAUUGUUCUCCGUGGUCUGCGGUGUUUAUAUUUGCUCAAUCUGUCUAAAGCAGAUAAGCACCCACACCAGGGCCAGAUUCUUAAGUUUAGAAGGGGUUCAAAGACCUUGUUAUGUACUGGAUAUCGAUCCACAGGAGAUCCAUUACUUGCACUUUCCGAUACCCAAUACAUUUGACAGGGCUGAAUGUGUGUGCAAUCCUGUAAGAUUCUUUGCCAUCUUAUCGAUGCAGAGAUCUGGUAGUGGAUGGUUUGAAACCUUGUUAAACAGCCAUAUCAAUGUCAGCUCGAAUGGUGAAAUUUUUUCUGCGAAAGAAAGAAGAGCAAACGCUUCGGCGAUAGUGGAGACACUGGAUAAAGUUUAUAAUCUUGAUUGGUUAAGUAGUGCUUCCAAGAAUGAAUGCUCAGCUGCAGUCGGCUUCAAGUGGAUGCUUAAUCAGGGCCUGAUGGUGCAUCACAAGGAAAUUGUAGAAUACUUUAAUCGCAGGGGCGUCUCAGUAAUAUUUCUCUUUCGGCGAAAUGUGCUGCGCAGGAUGAUAUCAGUUCUUGCAAAUUCUUAUGAUCGAGAUGCUAAGCUACUGAAUGGGACCCACAAGUCUCAUGUGCAUUCACCUCAUGAGGCCCAGAUACUAGCAACAUACAAGCCUAUCAUCAAUGCCACAUUAUUGAUUCCCAAUCUGAAGCAAGUGGAGGAUACAACUGCAAAAGCUUUAGAAUACUUCAAGAGCACUCGGCACAUAAUUUUUUAUUAUGAAAACAUCAUAAAGAACCGCACUAAGCUGAUGGAGGUCCAAGACUUUCUAAGGGUUCCACAGAGGAAGCUUAUGAGCCGUCAAGUGAAGAUACACAAAGGGUCUUUAUCAGAGCAGGUUGAGAACUGGGAUGAUGUUCACAAGACACUCAAGGGAACACCUUAUGAGAGCUUCCUCCAUUCAGACUAUCAAAUGUAGUACUCUUGUCCCCUUUCACUUGGGUCAUGUAAAUAACAACACUUUCUUUUAUUUUUUUUACCCCUCAAGAAGAGCCAGCAGUGACCCCUGCUGAAAAUUUUGGAUGCGGCGCAAGCUUCAAGUUUCCAUAUUUUGAUUCCUUUUUCGUGUUGUUUAAUUUACACCUAAUUGGAGCUGUUGCGCUCCCCCCAACCCAAUUUUUUAGGCUCCGGACAGGCACUCAUGUAUAUUUAUUGUGAAAUCAAAUCUAAUCUUUUUCGUGGCUUC